GUGUGUGGCGACAGGCGGAGACAAAAACACAGCUGUGUGAUUUACUUUGAGACAUAGCUGGCGAGCAGUAUCCGAGUCUUUUGAAGUAAAAUAAAGUACGUUAACAGUUACACAUUGUCCGCGCAACACGGAUUCCUUGCUAUGGCAGCCGAGGAUGAAAGGGCGGUAGUUCGUGUCAGAGUCAAGAAGUGCGAGGGGGCGUUGGCAGCAGAGAGCCGUUCGUUUGCCGUUGACCCUCAGAUCACCUCCCUGGAUGUGCUGCACCACAUUCUCAUCCGAGCGUUUGAGCUCAACAGGAAGUCUAAUUUUGUGGUGAGUUACCUGUGCCGGCGCCAUGGUGACAGUAACCAGGGUGAUGGAGAGGUGUACCUGUCCCUCCUGUCAGACCUGGACCUCGACGCCGCGUUUGCCCACUCAGCCGAACCCUGCCUGUUCUUAAAGAUGGACGUCAAACCAGCAGAGGACAGUCCCCUCUUGGAGGGCUGGGACAUCAUUAGUCCCAAGGAUGUGAUCAGCUCCGACCUACUGCCUGGGGAAAGGAGGGGUCUGGCUGCUGCUGCCCUUCCUUUCACCCAGUCACUGCUGUCUCAGGUGGGCCGUACUCUGUCGCGGGUGCAGCAGGCUCUGAGCUGGUCGUAUGGGGAGGAGGUGAAGCCGUUCAAACCCCCUCUGAGUGACUCCGAGUUCCACAGCUUCCUCAACAGCCAGGGCCAGCUUUGCAACCCCGAGGAGCUUCGACUGCGCAUUUACCAUGGGGGUGUGGAGCCAUCGCUGCGCAAGGUGGUGUGGCGGUACCUGCUGAACGUGUACCCGGACGGGCUGACGGGCCAGGAGCGGAUGGACUACAUGAAGAGGAAGACCCAGGAGUACGAGCGGCUGAAGAGGGAGUGGCCGGCGCGCGUGGCCCCCGGCGACCUGGCCCUGAUCAGGGGGAACGUGAUGAAGGACGUCCUGCGGACGGACCGCACCCACCCGUACUACGCCGGCUCUGAAGACAACCCCCACCUCACCGCCCUGGCCAACCUGCUGACCACCUACGCCAUCACCCACCCGAAGGUGUUGUACUGCCAGGGCAUGAGCGACAUCGCGUCUCCCAUCCUGGCCGUGAUGGACCACGAGGCCCACGCCUACAUCUGCUUCUGCGGCGCCAUGAAGCGGCUGGAGGGGAACUUCGCGGCGGACGGCCGGCUCAUGUCGCUGAAGUUCCGGCACCUGAGGCUGGUGCUGCAGCGGAGCGACCCGGAGCUGCACGGCCGCCUGGCGGCACGCGGCGCCCACGGCCUGCUCUUCUGCUACCGCUGGCUGCUGCUGGAGCUCAAGCGCGAGUUCCCCUUCCAGCACGCCCUGCGCAUGCUGGAGGUCAGCUGGAGCUCCCUGCCCCCCGACCCCCCCGGAGUGGAGGUGCAGCUUCUGGGAGACGCGCCAGAGCCGGGGCCAGGGCCGGGCGGGGCCGCAGACCUGGGGGAGCCGGAAGAGCGUGGAACAACACCCCCUCCCUGUGAGAAGCAGCCCGGUUGUGGGGAGUUUAAGUACUACAGCGCCCAUGCAGGGGACGACUCUGGCCUGGCCCUGCCCCCGGUGGGCGGACAGCCUUCUGAGGAGCGUGGGGGCAAAGAAGGUGAGGGAGCAUCACGCGUCACUCCCCCUCUGGCAGAGUUUGGUGAGUGUGGUCUCCCUACCGGCCACACGGGGGCGCCGCUCUCCCCCCCCUCCCCGCCGAACACGCAAGCCGCGCCCAGACUUCAACACACCCCCUCUGCUUCACCAACCAAUAGGAGACCGGCGUCGCCAAAUAAUCCCUCUGCCGGACACGCCUUUACACUCUCAGCAUCCAAUGGGACGGCAGCCGCCUCCCCAGCCACGCCCACGGAGAGCGGUGUCUCUGUGGGCGGGGCCCCGGCCCCCUUGCAGGGGGUCCGUGGCACGCCCCCCGCCCUGCCCCCUCCACAGGAGCUGGGGUGCGGUCACCCCUUCAUGCUGUUCCUGUGCGUGUCGCUGCUCCUGGAGCAGCGGGCUCACGUCAUGCGGGGUGACCUGGACCAUAACGAGCUGGCCAUGCACUUCGACCGGCUGGUGCGCCGGCACAGCCUGGCCCCCGUGCUCCACCGCGCCCGGGCGCUGUUCGCCGACUACCUGCAGAGCGCGGUCUGGAGCCCGGAGGGCCCCUCCGCCCCGCCCUCAGGUCCCACCUCUCCCAACUCCACCUACAGGCUGACCCACACCGUGCCGUCCCAGCCCUCGCCGUGCCCCCCGCCCUCCUGAGCAGAGGGACCGGAGCCUGGAGCCCCGUGGCUGAGGCAGACGACUGGGACCCGGUGGAGACGCCAUGAGAACGGCACAGCCAUUGGGCCCUUGAGCAAGGAUCGUCCCCUGCUUAGUCUAAUCAUCUGUAAAUCGCUUUGGAUAAAAGUGUCAGCUAAAAUGCACCACACUGAUGCACCACACAUGCACACGUACAGUACAGACACGUAUGCAGUAUCUCAAGCGUGUCUGUGUCUUAUUGCGUCACUAUUUGCUGUUGGCCUUGCAAAUGACAAAAUGAUGGUAGCUACGCUCAACCACACCGUUUUCUCCACCAUGCACACACAAAGCAAGCCGAAAUCACUGAAUGCUCACAUCCACCAAGCACACACUGCUUCCAACUGUGAUCUCCGACUCUUUCCUGAUGGAUGAUGUCACUAGACACUGCAACUCUCCUGAUGCUGUGUGUGUGUGUGUGUGUGUGUGUGUGUGUGUGUGUGUGUGUGCCACUGUGAUCACUGUGCACGUCUAUUCUGAUCCUGUGUGUCUCGAUUGUGUGUAGCUCCUGUCUCCUGGAAAGACCCUGUAUGUGCUUCACUGUGAUUAGACAAACUGCGCAUUUAGGGCCGAGACUAGUGCGCAUUUCCUCACUCAUUUUCAAAACAACCACCAG